AUGGCUCGGGCCGCCCUGGCUCUGGCCGUCUCUUGGCAAGUUCAACAUGUACGCGCACUCAGUGUCCUUGUGGAUCCUCACCAUGCCGAUGGGAGGAUCGGCUUAUCGCCGUGUCAUGUUGGUCAUCCGGAGGGCCAGAUGGGCCCACUCACAGCCGAGCAGGAUUGGGUCACCAGCGUGAUUCCAGUGAACAGUCAGGAGGGCAACACGACCUCGGCAGAGCACGCGCCAGGCUUGAGGAAGCUGGAAGGCUAUCAGAGAGAACGUGGCGAUUUGGAAGGGGCACGGCUAGAUGUCAUUGUUUUCGGGAUCAUGCGAAGCUUUCAGGAGACUUGGCCGAAGGUUGAAGACCAGCUACAGCUGCCUCAAAUGGAGUCACGCGGCGCAAGGGUGAAUGUAAUCGUCAGCACUACGCUGCAAGUCCGGUGCACAGAAAAAGAUUACAGCGAGGGCUUCUGCUCCGAGGAGUGGACACGGUGGAGCGAGGACGAGUUCAAGCAGGCAAUACGCUCGACUUACGGACCUCGUUUGCGAUACAUAUAUGAUACAUCCGCCACGGCUGUUGACAAAGUGCGCGCGUUAUUGCAGUCUGAUGAGGGCUCACUUCACACGAUCCUGCACGACAAAGCCCUGCGACUUUGGAGUGGCAUGAAUCCUUCCCAUUCGGGUAUUACCAUCGUUUUGAGAGCGGACGUUCACUUCGACUACCGAACGAAGCACGUAAACAUUGCUUCUCUGUGCGAUUCGCAACCAGGAUACAAUUUCAUAAGUGGUCCUUGGGAGCGUCCUUGUUUCUGGCACCAGCGGGAUUGGGAUCUGGGAGCUGUCGCUUGUAACCCGCGGGUCUUGCAGUUCGGCAUCACGCCUCAUUCUAUGUGUGACUCUCAAUGGGAUGGGUGCGCCAAUGGGUCUGAUGAGCCACCACCGCUUCCGGAAGGAUUCUCUGGUUCUUGGAAGGACAAAUGUGGUGAUGAGUCGCUACGUGCCUGCAGCACAUACCAGUGCAACCAAGUUCUCACAUUCAUGAACAGUGGCGAGCAUUUGGGAACUUUGGAUACCUACGGCAUUUUCCUCACAAUACACCGCUACGGGGAGUGA